CUCACCCUCUUCUCGUCUUGUCAUCCUCCUCGUCCUUUCUCCUUGGUGAGUCUUAUGAAGCCAGCACCGAUCCCGUUGGAUCUCGAGCUCACUUGAGGCUGUUCUCGAUAUCAACAACGGCCAUGCCACGGCUUCUUUGAUUGUCCAUCCUCAGAGACCAGACUCCGGUGAUAACCUGGUUGCACGAGCACAUAACAGCACGACCUCGUCAUGGCCAGGCCCAAGUUCUUCCUCUCUCGUCGCUGGCGACCAAACAAGUGGCCUUUCUUUGUUCUCAUAGGCAUUGAGCUGCCUCUGACCAUCGCCCUUCUCGCCCUGUAUGGCAUCGCUGCACCAGACACAUACCGCACCAAAUUGUGGCAAGAUGGAGCCGAUAAUGGCUUCAAUUCCAGCCCAACUACGGGACUAUACGCUGCCGCUAACUACCGGCCAUACACUACGCCAAGGGUCUGGUCGAGAUUCAUCACCAACUACAACAUCGUCAUCGCCGUUCUCUCCAUGUUCUUCAUGCUCACAAAGUCCAUCAUGUACACGCUUCACGUUUUCCCACCCAUCCUCUCCAUCCCUGUCCAUAGCGCCCUUGUCGCUCUAUACUCCGUCUCGGUGGCAUAUCAAGCCAGUAGCGACACCACCGAUCCCCGCAAACCCCAGACUGGUGCUGCAUGGUACAUCACCAAGUCAUGCGACGUCACUUUUGACAAGAGCCUGGUAGGCUAUUGCCGACAAGCCAAGGCAUCAUUCGCAUGUACGUGCGCAGCCCUAGGGAUCUUCGUUAUAUAUUUGGGUCUGUCCAUCUGGUCAUGUUUCCCAUCCAAGUCUCAGCGGGACGAGUAUGACGAAAGACGGCGGGCAGAGGCCGAGAAAUACGCCUCUCUAGAAGCCGAACACGAAGCGGCCAAAAGAUUGGGUCUCAUAUCAUAUCCGGUGCCCGACACACCAGGGUUCCAAGGCGGUCUCAACCCAAUGACUCCGCGGACACUUGCUUUCAACACCCUAGGCGGAACCAAGGACCUUCCAUUGAGGAAUCACUUCAGCACACCCAACGUCCAGCCCUCGUCUCCUACCUAUGCGAUCCGCAGCCCUGACCUACCUAGAAGUCCCAUGAGUCCAGGAUUUGUGCAACGAGCGGGCACCGAUGAUAAUCAUGUGAUUGCACCGGAAAGUCCGAACCGUGCUGCUGGGCCUUCCUCUGUUCCCGCCCAGCUGUAUUUCCCUCCACCUCCAAAGGUUUCGAAGAAAUGAGGAUAAAGGGUGUGAUAUGAAAGCGGCUAUGAAGGCAGCAGAAACGUUGAUCCGGAGGAUAUACAUGGCAUCUCAUUUUCAUUUUCAGUCCUAGUCUUUCAGAACGAUCAUUGUGAUCAUGUCAAAAUGAUGACGUGGACGAGCGGAAGGAUAUCCGGUACUUUAUGGGACGGGACGGACGGGUGUAAGUGUUGAUAUUGAUGGCAAGGUUAUUGUAAGCUUGAAAGAUAGUUGCAUGAACCAGAACUCUAUACACACAUUCGAGAGGUCAAAUGUAUGAAU